UAAGGCGAAGCGCGGAGAAAGGCGGCGGAGAGUGCGUGAGCGCGCGGCGCGAGGAUGAGCUGUGACAAAGGAGCGAGCGUCGAGCCCGAGGCGCGCUGACUCGCGAGGGGGUAUCGCAGCACAACGCGCGUUCGCAGCGCGCACAUCUGGACAUUUUUCCAUCAUGCCUGUGCGGAGAGGUCACGUCGCUCCACAGAACACCUUCCUGGGCAUCAUCAUCCGCAAAUUCGAGGGCCAGAAUAAGAAGUUCAUAAUAGCCAACGCGAGAGCACAGAACUGCGCUAUCAUCUACUGCAACGACGGCUUCUGUGAGAUGACGGGCUUCUCCCGGCCGGACGUCAUGCAGAAGCCAUGCACCUGCGACUUCCUCCACGGGCAGCUCACCAAGAGGCACGCCAUCGCUCAGGUGGCCCAGGCCCUGCUGGGCUCCGAGGAGCGCAAGGUGGAGAUCACCUACCACCGCAAGGACGGGUCGGACUUUCUUUGCAACACACACAUAAUCCCAGUGAAGAAUGAAGAAGGGGUGGUGAUGAUGUUUAUCCUGAACUUCGAUUAUGUCCUACAAGAAGGAAGCAGCGACUCUUUAGAAAUGCUUAACCACUCUUCCCCAAGCAGAUCUGACCACAGGAAGUCAAGAUUUUUCAGGUUUCGACUUCCUGUCUUGAGCCUCUUGGGUGCGAGUAAGCAGUCUCUUCCCCAGGAGGACCCCGACACUGUCACGAUUGACUCCCCCAAGGCGAGCGAUGGGGCUGAUGCACCAAAGGAGCUAAAAUCCACCACCAAGGAGAGCUGCUGUCCUGGUGAGGUCGAUGACACGCGGGCCCUCAUUGCCCACGGAACUGUGCCCGGGCCUCUUGACCACUCCUCUCCCAAGUGGCAGUGGGAUCGGCUGUACCCCGAGCAGCCCCCGUCGUCCACCUGCUUGGCCCACGUCACAUCCCGUGAGAGCAUUUGUAGCAUGCGCCGCGCUUCUUCCGUGCAGGACAUCGAGGGCUUCAGCUCCAAUGCUAAGAACACCUUCCGGGACCGGCAUGCGAGUGAAGACAAUGGUCGCAAUAUCAAAGGUCCAUUCAACCAUAUCAAGUCCAGUCUGCUGGGCUCCACAUCAGAUUCCAACCUGAAUAAGUACAGCACCAUCAACAAAAUCCCUCUCAUCACAUUGAACUUCUCCGAGGCAAACAAUGAGAAGAAGGCUGUCUCUCCCCCAUCCUCUGAGAAGACUAUUAUUGCACCAAAGGUCAAAGACAGAACGCACAAUGUCACGGAAAAAGUCACACAGGUGCUGUCGUUGGGAGCAGACGUGUUGCCUGAGUAUAAGCUGCAGACGCCGCGCAUCGACAAGUUCACCAUUCUGCACUACAGCCCGUUCAAGGCUGUGUGGGACUGGCUGAUCCUCCUGCUUGUCAUCUACACGGCCAUCUUCACACCAUACUCAGCUGCCUUCCUGCUCAACGACCGCGAGGAGCAGAAGAGGCGCGAGUGUGGGUACUCCUGCAGCCCGCUGAACGUGGUGGACCUCAUCGUGGACAUCAUGUUCAUCAUCGACAUCCUCAUAAACUUCCGCACCACUUACGUCAAUGCGAACGAGGAAGUGGUCAGCCACCCGGGGAAGAUCGCCAUUCACUACUUCAAGGGCUGGUUCCUCAUUGAUAUGGUCGCCGCCAUCCCCUUUGACCUGCUCAUUUUUGGAUCUGGGUCGGAUGAAACCACGACUCUGAUCGGGCUGCUGAAGACGGCACGGCUCUUGCGUUUAGUGCGAGUGGCGCGAAAGCUGGACCGUUACUCUGAGUACGGCGCUGCUGUCCUCAUGCUGCUUAUGUGCAUCUUCGCCCUGAUCGCCCACUGGCUGGCAUGCAUAUGGUAUGCCAUCGGCAACGUGGAGAAGCCCUACCUGGAGCACAAGAUUGGUUGGCUCGACAACUUGGGUGUGUCCAUUGGGAAGAGGUACAACUACAGUGACCCCAACUCCGGCCCAUCUAUCAAGGACAAGUACGUCACGGCGCUUUACUUCACCUUCAGCAGCCUCACGAGCGUGGGCUUCGGGAACGUCUCCCCCAAUACCAACUCCGAGAAAGUCUUCUCCAUAUGUGUCAUGCUGAUCGGCUCUCUCAUGUACGCUAGCAUCUUCGGCAAUGUGUCCGCCAUCAUCCAGCGCCUCUACUCGGGCACGGCCAGGUACCACUUGCAGAUGCUCCGCGUGAAAGAGUUCAUCCGCUUCCACCAGAUCCCCAACCCCUUACGCCAGCGGCUCGAGGAAUACUUCCAGCAUGCCUGGACCUACACCAAUGGCAUCGACAUGAACAUGGUUCUGAAAGGGUUUCCGGAGUGCCUGCAGGCAGACAUCUGCCUCCACCUGAACCGGAGUCUGCUGCAAAACUGCAAAGCCUUCCGAGGGGCUACCAAGGGCUGCCUGCGUGCCUUGGCCAUGAGAUUCAAGACCACUCAUGCCCCGCCUGGCGACACACUGGUUCACUGCGGGGACGUUCUCACCGCACUAUACUUCCUGUCACGUGGCUCCAUUGAGAUCCUGAAGGAUGACAUUGUGGUGGCGAUACUUGGAAAGAAUGACAUCUUUGGGGAAAUGAUCCACCUGUAUGCCAAGCCAGGGAAGUCCAACGCUGAUGUGAGGGCACUUUGUUACUGUGACCUGCAUACAAUCCAGCGGGAAGAUCUCCUGGAAGUUCUUGACAUGUAUCCAGAAUUUGCUGACCACUUCUUAACCAACCUAGAACUCACCUUUAACUUGAGAGAUGAGACUGCAAAGACAACUUAUUCUCAGCUAAGUGAUUCAGAUGGAGAGGAUAUCAAAUGUAAAAGAAAAAUCUCCUUCAAGCGAAAAUCAUCAUAUGGGGGGGAUAAAGAGGCAGAAGGCAACGUGGCCAAAGAGAAGCCGGCACAUUGCUCCUCCAGGCGGCCAUCAGAGAACAGAAAGGAGUCUGUGGAGGAGCAGUCCCCUGGGCAGGGGGCUGGGAUCCGGGGUCACCUCUCAGUGCGUGACAGCAUCCUUGGACUCAAGUGCGGUACCCAGUUGAGAGAAUGUCCAGACAGGAGUCAGACUUACCAAGCAGAUCUGCGUGGUGAGCAGGGGGCUUUGCAGAAGCCCAGGGAGCAGCUCGGUGAGUCAGCGCAGUUGCCGGACAUGCAGGGCAUCAUCGACGCAGACAGCGAGAUCACCUACGCCGAGGUGGAGCAUCGGCUGGACCUGCUGCAGGAACACCUGAACAGGCUGGAAUCUCAGAUGACAUCAGACAUCCAGAGCAUCCUGCAGCUUCUACAGAGACAGUCUGCUUCCGGACCCCCAGCCUACAGCACCGUGACGGCCAUCCCAGAGUACCAGAGACCUGCUGUUAUGGUUCAGCCCGUUUCUGCCAUCAGCCCUCGACAUAAUUUCAUCCCUCUCUCAUCGCAGAGUCCAGAACUCUUGGAUCUUGAGAAGUCCCAAGAUGAAUCCAAAGAAUCCUUCUUAAAGUUGGCCCAUGGGGACAUGGCAUCAGAACAGAACCUGUCAGCCCUGCUGGAACGGGCUGUGGCUUUGGACCACAGAAACACGCAGAACCAAAUGUGUCCCCUCGAACAGCAGAGGUCCAAAUCACUCCAGCUUCCAGUCCGACAGCCCCCCCUGUCCGACCCGUCACUCAGCACUGGAAUACUGGCGCUUCACAGGCCGGUCUCGGACCCUGGUCUUCCACGAAAGUAGGACUUUCCUGUCUGCCCGUUGGUCUUUCCAUCCAUCCUUCUCCAUCGCAAGCUAAAAUCCCCGUCAGUUUGACUCAGGGUACAGGAAGCUAUUGUACUGUCAUAUGCAAGAAAUAGUGUAGUUCUUUUAUUUUCAGAUUUCUACUUGAUGGUUCACUACUGAAAUGUAAAAACAGUAUGUACAUAUGUUUUUUUUCUUCUUUCUGUACAUAUUCCAGGUGCAACACUGCCAGCAAAGCAGGGCUCCUUACAUGCACCUUCUGGGAAAGACAUGCAUGUUUGAAAGUUUAUUUCCAUUGCAUGACCUACAUAAAUAGGACUGACUGGCAAUCAGGUCUGAAAUUGGCAUGUGUCGGUGCAUUGAAUAUAAGUUUUUAUAACAGUUUUGUCUUUUUUGAACACAAAAUAGGUUACUUGAAGA